AUGAGCCCCCUGCGGGCCUCUGGAGAGCAGCAACUCCAAAAAGUGUCCCAACCCUUUAGUGUUGCUCCUGUGCCCCUGGGGUUGGCGCGGACUGUCUCAGCGCCUGUCUUAGCUUCCUGCAGCAGCAGCAGCAGCAGCAGCAGUAGCAGCAGCGGUGGGGCGGGGAGGCAGCAGCAGCAGCAGCAGCAGUGUUCGCAGCCGGAGCAGCAGCAGCGACUGAAGAAGCUCCAGGAGUGGCAAGUGAAGCAGCAGCAGCAACAGACGCAGCCACAAGAGCAGCUGCUGCUGCUGCAGCAAGUGUACGACAUCUAG